GCAGAAGGGGCACAAGCAAUUUGAGGAACAACUACCAUUUCAGGUAAGCUUAUCGUUAAUGAAUAUACAAAACUUAGUGUCUGUUUGUGAUUAGACUAUAUUAUAAGGGAAUCGACCGACGAUAAAUAGAACAGUAUUGCCGAGAGCCUGCCGAGGCUGGACGAUCCAUGCAAGGCUGCAUAUUUAGCGGCACAUUGGACUAAGAAACCAUCUUUUUACGAUAUUUCGAAACGAUGAGUUAGAAUUCUCUUUCUAUUAAUUAAAAGACAAAAUUUGUGAGAUGUUUUUAUAUCAUUUACCUGAAAGAGUACUAGUUUUCGGAAAAUUUAGAAAAGAGUAAUGCACGCUAUAGUUUCUGCCUACAUGUACAUAUUUAGUUCAUGCAGUGAAUAGAAAAACAACUCGGAAGAUCAUUGACUAAAAACUACAAGAAGGGCUAAGUAUAUAUCUAAAGUACAUAUACAUAGUAUCUAACCAUGCAUGGGCACUCCACAUUUCAUUGUAUGAGCAUGGUUGGCUUCUAUUUGAGAGAUUAAAAUAUAAGACUUCAUGCAGUGUUGCAAUUUACUCCAAACAAGAUUUUGAAACAAUAUUUGAUAUUGAAACAAUAUUUGAAAGCCAUAAGGGUUAUGGGGUUUUCUGAAGUACAAGAUUGUGAUAUAUAGUCAGUUAAUAUUUAAUAUGUCUUCAUGUUUGAAAUUAGAAAUGUCUAAAACCGACAAUUGGUAGUAUAAAAAUUAUUAAUUAAAUAUUCACGAAAUUGCGUUCAUGAAAAAAUUUUCAGUACACAAUUUCUUGUUAAUUACUUCACAAAAUUACUUCACGUGGCAAUAUUUUGAAUAUUCGUAAACCCGCCCUAACUAUUCAUGCGUCGCGUAUAGUGAGUAGCAAGGCGUGUUUAUAUCCUUGCAGGCCGUUCAAUUUUCAUCAGGCGCUUGCUUUCUCUGCCAUGCACUUAUCGAUAUGACAAAGCGAAACAUAAAUUUAGAAAGUCAAAAUGUGUGGUACACUUGCCAGCCGUGAUUUGACUCUGGCGUAAGAAUUCGCAAUUUUUGUACCGCGCAUGCACGUAUUCAUUUCGUACGAAAGGUUUCGCAUUUCGCCGAGAGAAAGCACUCGUGGCAUCAGAAUUUCACGGUUAUUGUGCUAAUAUCAUUAUUUUGUGUUGAAUUGUAGUAAUUGUUGACGUCCUCAUAUAUAGACGUCCUCAUAUAUAUAUAACAUAGUAUCCGCCUAGUGAAACCGUAAGCUACGUUUAAUUUACUUUUUAAUAUUAAGGGUAUUUUGAAACAAAUAGAGAAAAAUCUACUUUUCAUGUUUUUUAUUAUUGUUUCUUUUUCUACAGAAAGAUGUCUAAUUGUUUGUUAUUAGCAACCACUCUAGUUUUAGCAGGUAAACACUUAUAAUUUGCUUAACGGUUAGGUUUAAAGCAGAAUUUAAGCCGCUAUUGUUCUCACUAUUCAUCUCAGAGUCGAUGAGCAGAUGAUAUCAGUUGCCUCGAUACGAUUAAAAGUUUUACGCCCGUUUUCUAAAAGCUCACUCACACUCAAUGAGUGAAGAUUCAAUCUGAGCUUUUCUUGAGUGUCAAUGUUGUUUUUGAAUAACUGGAGUGUUAGUGUCGUACCUUAUGCAAUGUGACUUCUCACCCUCCAGCUAUUUCAGUAAAAACAGCAUUAAUUGACACUCAAGAAGAGCUCAGAUUGGAACCUCCACUCAUUGAAUGUGAGUGUGCAGUAAGCUUCUAGAAUACAGGCGACCAACAACGAACCAAAAAUGAUAAAAAAUUUUAAAAAAUAAAUGUAUACAGCUCUUGUAAUUAAAAUAGCUGUAUAAUUAAAACAGUAUUUACCUACAGGCUUAAAAAACAUACCUGAAGCUUAAUCAUUCGGGCCCCGCAGAAAUACGACAAACAUUUCCAUAGGCUCAAGAUCUAGAUAUAUACACAGAAUGCGCGGAAGACUUGGUCUGGUGGAUUUUGGCGAAACCAUAGUACGUCGAGGGAAAUACAAAAAUAAUUAUAUGGAAGAAAAAAAACGUAUUGAUGUGUCACCAACAUCGCUUUGAAGACCAGUAGCCUAAGUUCUCAUCAUAGCCUAUAGUUGUGGUCGUAGAGUUCGAUAUUGGAUGCAUUCAUUGUUAGUGGUUCUAGAUUUCAUCUAUCAUUCAUCUAAAAUAUAACAAUAUUUAUUAUAUCGUUGAUAAUAUUUAAAGGCAUUCACACACUACAGCGUAUGAAAAAUAUCACUCAUACGCUGGAAUACGCUGACAUACGCUAGGAGCACGUUAGGCAUAGAUUGUAUACUUUUCAAGCACGGUCGCAUACGGUGACAUAUGCUGGCAUACGGGGAGGCCCAGUGAGACAGAAACAUUUUUUUAAAGCAUGCUUAAAAAUUUUGUGCGUAUUCGGAUGUAUGGUUUAUAAGAUAAGCAUACUCUAGGCACACGCUGAAUACGCUAGAGGUACGCCAGAUGUACGGUACUCAUACGUUGCCAUUUCAAGGAAUUUUUGUGAGUAUGAAAAUUAUUUCAUUCAUUUUUCAUACGCUUCUCGUACGUUUCUCGGAUACGCCGAAUAGUGUGACAGGUCCUUAACGUGCGAUACAAGUUCAAUCGAAAUUGAAAAAAUAAUGAGUAGGGAGCAAGUUUAGAAGCAUUGUGUUACACUAUACUGUAGCUAAUUGGUUUAAAUUAUUCAAGACGUAACUUGCAAUAUUCUUCUACUUGAUUCCAAGGAAAGUACUGCCUCAAUGAAUAAAUCUCCAUGCUAAUCUAUUUUCUAACCCAUAUAUUGUUCUAGCUAACCCAUCCCCCACUCGUUCUUUUUCCCAAUAAAGAGUACCUGUUAGUUGUUCUGUGGGUGUUGGAACAAUUGCCACUGGGUGUUGAGACAAUUGCCACUGGGUGUUGAAACAAUUGCCACUGGGUGUUGAGACAAUUGCCACUGGGUGUUGAAACAAUUGCCACUGGGUGUUGAGACAAUUGCCACUGGGUGUUGAGACAAUUGCACAGGCGUAGCCAGGGCGAGUUCCGGGCCCUUCUGGUAAAAUCCCCCCCCCCGUGAGAAAAUUUAUUAUAUAAAAAUAAGUGGGGCCUGGGCCCACCUAGCUAUUUGCUGCCCCACCCUGACAAAAAAUCCUGGCUACGCCUCUGGACAAUUGCCACUGGGUGUUGGGACCAUUGCGCUGGGUGUUGAGACAAUUGCCACUGGGUGUUGGGAAAAUUGCCACUGGGUGUUGAGACAAUUGCCACUGGGUGUUGAGACAUUUGCCACUGGGUGUUGAGACAAUUGCCACUGGGUGUUGAGACAUUUGCCACUGGGUGUUGAGACAAUUGCCACUGGGUGUUGGGAAAAUUGCCACUGGGUGUUGAGACAAUUGCCACUGGGUGUUGAGACAUUUGCCACUGGGUGUUGAGACAAUUGCCACUGGGUGUUGAGACAAUUGCCACUGGGUGUUGAGACAAUUGCCACUGGGUGUUGAAACAUUUGCCACUGGGUGUUGAGACAAUUGCCACUGGGUGUUGGGAAAAUUGCCACUGGGUGUUGAGACAAUUGCCACUGGGUGUUGAGACAUUUGCCACUGGGUGUUGAGACAAUUGCCACUGGGUGUUGAGACAUUUGCCACUGGGUGUUGAGACAAUUGCUACUGCGUGUUGAAAUAAUUGCCACUGGGUGUUGGGACAAUUGCCCAUGGGUGUUGGGGCAAUUGCCACAGGGUGUUGGGAAAAUUGCAACUGAAUGUUGGAACAAAUGCAACUGAAUGUUGAGACAAUUUCAACAGGGUGUGUUGAGACAACUACAACUGGGGGUGAUAAGACAAUUGCCACUGAGUGUCGAGACAAUUGCCACUGGGUGUUGAGUCAAUUGCCACUGGGUGUUGAGACAAUUGCAACUAGGGGUGUUGAUACAAUUGCAAUUGGGGGUGUUGAGACAUCUACAACUGGGAUUUGGGACAAACGCAACCUAAUGUUGAGACAUUGCAACUCUGUGUUAAUUAUUAACUGACAGUUAAUAUUGCAAUUUUGGUGAGAUUUUGAAUAUUCAAGGGUUAUUUAUUAUUAAUUAAGUUGUGUGUUCUUGCACUUGCAGGACUGUUGGUCGGUUUGAGUGAUGCUGAUACAUUUCUACACAGUCCCAGAGGUUCUAAUAAUCGCUUGAAUGGAGCAGGCGCUAACAGAGGAAACAAUAAUCGAAUGUUCGAUUCUCAGGUGAGCUUCAAACCAAAAUUAUAUAUUCUCAUUCCCUCCAUUCAUGUAAUCAUAAACAUUUGAAUAUUGGAAUAAUUUGACUCGAGAAAUCCUAAAGCCUGGUUUCCAUAUGGUUAUAAUGGUCGUAAAACGGUAAAAAUAGGAUCACGAUCUUUCUCAACGGCCAGUAUAUAAUGGUCAGUGCCGUAAGAAGCAUCAAAAGAUUGGGGGGGGGGGCACCGGCUUCUAGGGGCACUUUAGGACAUUGAAAAGGGCACCUAAAAAUUUUUUCCCGGAAAUGUUGGCCACGAGACGGAAGAAAAAUUUCCCCGUCAUACCAUACCUAAAUUCCACGCUUUUGACCACAUUUUUUUUAAAAACAUGGAAAUUUCCAACCAAAAAAGGCACUUUUGAUGUUAAUUUAGUAUUUACAGCGACAUUAGCUUGUACAAAAAGGGAACUUUUCAUCGCAAAAAAGGGCACUUUUAGUCCUUUUGAAAAGGACCGUGCCUCCGCCCGGUUCCUACGUCCCUGAUAAUGGUUUAUUCCUGUAAACACAUUCCGUUCUAAAAUGUUGUAUUUCGGCUGAUGAGAAAGACUCAAUCUUUACGACCGUUGUGACCAUAUGGGAACCAGGCUAUACGAAGAGAACUCAGUAAUCAUGCUUGAUGUGGAUAUCGCUUAGGAUCAGUUAGUUAUUUACGAUUAAUCCGCAAUGGUUAAUUUUAGCGAGGAAGGAAAAUUGUAUUACCCGGAGAAAAACCCUUGAAGCACAGAUGAGAACCAGACUUCAACUUUCAAGUACAGGGAUGUGACCCAACCUAAAUAAAUCUGUCAAUCGACCUGCAGUAGGGGGUAAUACUCAGAGACAAACAAAUAAAUGGGCCUACAUUUUCAUAUCUUUCUAGAACAACGCUAAAGGUGGCUACAAUGUAGGUGACAAAAAUCAGAAAUCAAGCAGCGAGGAGACACAAUUUAACAUGGUACGUAAAGAGCUAUAGGCUACUGUAAGACUCAUCUCUUCUAUACCGGUCAGAAAAUCCAAUAAAGCUAAACGGGCAGGAGUGACUCGAAGGGUUCAAUCCCGCUUCCCAGCUUGCCAAAUCCCAUUCUAAACUGCGAAAUUGCGCAUGCACGUUGCAAGUCCCAUUUUCCUUUUUAAUUAACGAAGGUCAAAUCCCAGCUCCUGUUAAGUUUCAGGCAUUCACAACACUUCGUGAAUUUGAACAUUCACAAAGCAUCCUAAAGCUAUGAACUUUUUUCAGCACUAUUUCCAGAGUGGUAAAGGCUAUGCAAGUACUUCAGGUCUUAAAGGAAAAUCUCUGCUUACAAUUGAGUGGACCAAUCAACAUGGCUGUAGUGAUCGAGAUUUAAACUGUAAUUUUGUUCUUCAAUAUCGAUGUCAAGAUGACACGAAACAUCAAAAGUUGAAUCACCACACAAUGAGGAAUGGUAAGAAAAAUUCAUGCACGAAAAUAUAGAACCUAAUUUAAAUAUUGGGGGCCAACUGAAGGUAUCCGUUCAUCGCAAUUGCAAUAAUUUGAUGAAUUACUCACCAGAGAAUAAACCACAGAACGGCAAAAAUGAAGCUAACUUUAGAGAGGUGAAACAAUCCCUCGGCCAUAGAAGAGUGGACAGGCGCAUCAGUAGUUUUUCCAUCUUGCAGAGUUUAAGCUUCAACAUAAAUGAAUUGGUUAAUCCAUUUAAUUACGAUUUUAGAGAAACACUAAUAAUGAUAAAUUAAAUAACGUCAUGAUAUCUGAAUGCCUGGAAAAUAUGUUUUAAUCUUUUAUGUUCAAUUUUGUCACUGACAAUGUUUUUAAUUUUAGUCAGAGAUUUUUAAAGCCAUGUAAUACAAUUUCUCCCAGGAAAGUAUGCCCACAAAUAUAAAACAAUAACACACAUCUGAUUACUCAAUACAUACACACGCACAAACGCGAAUAAAAACAUAACCUUCUCCACGAGAUAAUUACGUCAUAUCUGUAUACCCGAAAAAUAUUAACUUGUCAGCAAAAAAAGGAUUGUGUUUAGAUGAGUUUGAAGCAGCGAUUUAAAUUAAUGGGGGAUUUAAAUGAAUUACUCCUAUAGGACGUCAAACCAACACUCCACAAUUUACGAAAACUACAUACACCACACGCGCAAGAAAGGACUAUUACUUGAAUUAUGAUUCAACUAGUUAUUACCGAGGUCUUCAUGAAUCCUGGGAAUGGUAUGAUAAAUGCUUCAAACGAAAUCGUAAUCAAG